AUGAGGGGUGGAAAUACAGAAAUUCACCAUGAAGGGCUAAGAAUGGCAAGGUUUGGAGAGAAAGAGCUGAGGUACAAUCUCCAGACUUUAACUUCAGCAGCCUUCCUAGUCACCAGAAGAUAUGAAAGGAAAGAGGACUCUGCUGAAACCAGUACCUUAAACCUUCCAAGUCAUUAUCCUGGGAUUAUUAUAUUUAAGAGUUUUCAACAACUUCAUUCCGAUCAGAAAAUGUCUGUCCUUGAAAGGCUUUUUCAGUACAUUGAUGAACACCAGGAUCUCUAUGUUCAGCGGCUGGCCCAAUGGGUGGCAAUCCAGAGUGUGUCGGCAUGGCCAGAGAAGAGGGAUGAAAUCAAACGAAUGAUGGAAGUUGCUGCCAAGGACAUCGAGCGGCUGGGUGGCACAACUCAACUUAUGAAUAUUGGCACCCAAAAGCUCCCUGAUGGGUCAGAGAUCCCACUACCUCCAAUUAUUCUUGGCAAACUUGGCUCAGAUCCACAAAAGAAAACAGUGUGUGUUUAUGGGCAUCUGGAUGUCCAGCCUGCAGCCCUGGACGAUGGCUGGGACAGUGAACCCUUCACCUUGGUAGAAAAAGAUGGAAAACUGUACGGGCGAGGGUCAACAGAUGACAAAGGUCCGGUGCUUGCCUGGCUGAAUGCCCUAGAAGCUUAUCAACAAAUUAAACAGGAAAUCCCAGUAAAUAUCAAGUUCUGUCUGGAAGGCAUGGAGGAGUCUGGCUCUGAAGGCCUAGAUGAACUGAUUGUUGCUCAAAAAGAUACUUUCUUCAAAGAUGUGGACUAUGUUUGCAUCUCCGACAACUACUGGCUAGGCAAGAAGAAGCCGUGUAUUACAUAUGGCCUCAGGGGAAUCUGCUACUUUUUCAUAGAGGUGGAAUGCAGUGACAAAGACCUUCACUCUGGAGUUUAUGGUGGCUCAGUACAUGAGGCCAUGACUGAUCUCAUUGCUCUGAUGGGCUCCCUUCUGGAUAAGAGAGGGAAAAUCCUCAUUCCUGGCAUUAAUGAAGCAGUGGCGCCACUUACUGAUGAGGAGCUGGAGUUGUAUGAGAAGAUUGACUUUGACCUGAAGGAAUAUGCAAAAGAUGUGGGAGCAACGAAACUACUGCAUGACACAAAGAAAGAUAUCCUAAUGCACAGAUGGCGAUACCCAUCCUUAUCUCUCCACGGAAUUGAAGGAGCCUUCUCUGCCUCAGGAGCCAAGACUGUGAUUCCACGGAAAGUAACUGGCAAAUUCUCAAUCAGGCUAGUGCCUGACAUGACUCCAGAAGAUGUUGCCAAACAGGUUCAGGAUUACCUCACCAAGAAGUUUGCUGAGCUGCAAAGUCCCAAUAAGUUCAGAGUAUACAUGGGCCAUGGUGGAAAACCUUGGGUGUCAGACUUCAAUCAUCCCCACUACAUGGCUGGCAGAAGAGCAAUGAAGACAGUCUUUGAAGUUGACCCAGACUUGACAAGAGAGGGAGGAAGCAUUCCUGUCACUCUGACCUUCCAAGAGGCAACAGGCAAAAAUGUAAUGCUGCUUCCUGUUGGAGCUGCAGAUGAUGGUGCCCAUUCUCAAAAUGAGAAACUGAACAGGUAUAACUACAUCCAGGGAGUGAAGCUGCUUGGUGCAUACUUAUAUGAGGUAUCACAACUAAAGGACUGAACUAAGGUGGUGAACAUCCCAAACAUGAAAUCCAUUUUGUGGUUCAGAGUUCUGGAAAUCCUGCUGACAAGCAAGCUCAGACUACCAAAUACCUGCAGCUUUACUUCUCUCCACCUCCCAGUGAUUCUCCCCCUCCCAUUUUUCACCAGCCAACACUCAAACUCCUGCAAGGGAAAAGCAUCAGCCCCCCAAUCUAGAAAUCAUGGAACACCCUGUACCAAAAUACUGCUUCCAGUGCACACUCCAUUCCAACUCUCCAGCUACAGAAGGAGUGAAGACCCUUUCCAAGGACUGUCACCAAAAUCUGACAAGUGGUUCUGAAUCACGUCACACCUGCCCUUUCUGCUUCUUUGAAUCCAGCCUAUAGCUUGCCAUAGGCACUCUUCCCCUGGCUUGUUUUAAGACCGAAGUGAGAACACUCUUCCAGCUUCAUUAAACUAGCUAAUCUGCUAAAGAACUCUACAUCUUGACCACCUGCAGUAACUGAAGAAGGCUAAUCUAGACUUCAUGGUAAGUCCUGGAAGCACUCAAAGUGACCAACUACAAAGGGUAUACCAUUACAGCUUGCAGGAAUUCCGGGGCUAUCUCUGCCUCACUGACAAGGCUAGGGGUGGAAUUGUUAACUUGUUGCAUCAAGGUCUGCAGACAAUUCUGGAUAUAAAGCAUGCAAUGAAACUGGCAUUUUUCUAAAGCUGGCUUUGUAAUUACAUAAAUUCUGCUAAAUUAAAAAAAAAUGGCUCUA